UUCCCAGAUGUUCUCUUUUGUACAACAUACCAAAUUUCGAUUUCUCUCUUUCGGAAUGAUAUUAGAAAUUGUGAGAUUAAGUUGGCAAGAAAUCGAGCUGCAGUUUAGAGAACUCUUAGAGAGGAUUGCAAUCUACCGUCCAGCGGAAUUUCGAAAUUAGCACGCAGUCAAUUAUGGAAAAGCCCAUCGUUCGCGCGAGGGUAGUGAAAGUCCUAGGGAGAACUGGUUCCCAAGGGCAGUGCACGCAGGUCAAAGUGGAAUUUUUGAACGAGCAGAACAGGCAGUUGAUUCGAAACGUGAAGGGUCCGGUACGAGAAGGGGACAUUCUCACUCUCUUAGAAUCAGAAAGAGAGGCCAGACGUCUUCGUUAAACUACCCUAUCAUCCCCUUUCGAAGUUCCACGGAGAUAUUCAACUCAAUCUGGCAGCUGCAAGAAGAUGCUUCGAGCAGAACAAACCGCAUUUAAAAUUGACGAUUCGAUGCUCCUUUUUAAUGUAAAUACUCUACUUCGAUCGACUAAAGAUUUGCCGGUUAUUUUUUACCAAAGAAUAUAUGCGAACGAUGUAGCUGUUGUUACGGAAUGACAGUAUUGCUGUUAAAUUAAAAGUAGUAAACGAAAACUC